ACUCCCAAGCAGAGAGUCAGUGGGAGCGCAGCAUCAGCCGCCUCUCUCUCUCUCCAGAGCGCAAACUCACUCUCAUCAGCAUCCUCACUUGCAGGUUCCGAGGUUCGCCAUCAAGGAUGUUCUACUUUCACUGCCCGCCUCAACUUGACGGAGAGUGUUGUCGCUCCAACACGCUUAAUUCCGGCGGUUUUGGAAACCACGCCCCGACUGAUUUCGACGAUGGUUUUUUGCGGAGGAAGCAACGCAGAAACAGAACAACAUUCACCUUACAACAGCUUGAGGCUUUGGAGGCUGUCUUUGCACAGACUCACUACCCGGAUGUCUUCACCCGGGAGGAGCUGGCGAUGAAAAUCAACCUGACCGAGGCCAGGGUGCAGGUUUGGUUUCAGAACCGCAGAGCAAAGUGGAGGAAAACAGAGCGAGGGGGUUCAGAACCUGAAGCAGGGAAGGAGCCGCUGAGCGAUGGCACCCCUCCGUCUCGCAGCAUCAACUCUCAGUCUCCGGUGGACCACGGCAGGAAACAGAAAGAACCUCUGGAGUUACAGCAGAGCAUCAACAGGACGGUGGGUCCAGGUGGUCCAUUUUUUCCAUCAUGUAUUCCAGGCACGCUCCUCAACUCUGCCACCUACGCCCAGGCCCUCUCACAUGUCGCUACGCUCAAAGGGAAUGGUUUGUGCUCCUGCUGCGUCUCUGACCCCAUGGGCUUGUCCUUCCUGCCUCCCUAUGGCUGUCAGGGAAACCGCACAGCCAGCGUCGCCGCCCUCCGCAUGAAGGCCCGCGAGCAUUCAGAGGCCGUGCUGCAAUCCGCCAACCUGCUCGGAGCCGCAGCCACACCAGGAGCCAGCGUGGGGGUCCUCUCUGGUGUGGGCUCGGCCGGGGUGGUCCGGCCCUCUGUGGGACCCGCCAUCGAGGUGCCCGGCGGCGGCCUGAGAGGGGGAGACAGCUCCAGUCCUGGCACAGCUACUAAAGUUCCAAUCCUGAGCGGUAGUCCCGACAAACAUCCUCACUGCUCCAAGGAACCUCUGGAAAAGAAGUGAGGAGCUGGACACAAACGUGGAUGUUGCUGAUAAUCUGUGAUUUUUUGCCUCCUUUAUUCUUUUUCUUUUCUGCUCCAAACUGAGCAACAAAAGCACAACUACUGGCUGACUCCAGAAAAAUUCUGGGACAGACAUUUUGUAUGGAUGCAAACAUAAAUGUAUUUAUUUGAUUGUAAAGUAUCCUUGUGAGAAACGCUGAAUAACUGGGUUAUUGCGCUUGAAAAGACAAAACUGUGUUUUUUAACCUUUAGCCAUCUACAUGCACUCUUGGGCUAUAUUAUCUAUAACAUAGAACGGUAUGUAUGAAGCAGAGGCCUAUUUGAUAAUGUGAAUUUAAAUAAUCCUGUGGGGACAGUUCUUAACAUUUGGAAUGUCAGUGCAUGAAGAGUGUAUCAUUUUAUAAAGAUAAAAUGAUGGUGGGACUGAUGAUUGUUUUUUAAGUCAGUAGUGAGACAAAACAAUGAACUCCAUUGAUUUUUUUAAAAUGAAUUUAAAGUGAAAGUGCACUUUAGUAAUAAUCAGCUGUGCUCCUUGUAAAAAAAGAAAAAGUAAUUGACAUUGUCAGUGUGUGGAUUCAGUUAUCCCUUGCUCUCUGUUAGCACAUCUGUAGUGGCAGCAGACAGGGAACACACUAGUCCUGUUGUGACAUGUUCUUUAAAACAAUUAAAGAUGUAGUCACUCAUGUUCCUCUCCUGUUGCCUCUUGCUCCAGCCAUCUGUUCUGAUAAAUUAUUUAUGAGCCACUCUUAAAGCUGGGAGAGGACGCUUAUCAUUUAUUUACUUUUAGGAACGCUCUCUGUUCCUGCUACUAAACAUUUUUUUAAAUAAAUUCCAUCCAUUAAAAAAAAGAAAGAAAAAAAGUUCAUUCUGUUAAUUAUGUUGAAUUUAAAAUUUCUGUCCAUGUUUGUCACCUUCUCUUUUUCCCGUCUCUUGAAUAACGGGGUCAGCUGAUCUGACUGAUUAUACUUAACUGCAGAGCACAACGGCCAGUAGUUUGCCUGAUUCAAUUUGCGUCCUUGAGGAUUUCCAGGAAAUUACUUUUGAUAGUCAAUAACACAAUUAAGUAAACUACACACACAUUAUCGUGAAUAAUUGAUGGGAAAUUAUGUAUUACCAUGAAGUACCAGUUCAAUAAUUGAUGAGGAGACACCCCCACCCGUGACAUGGUAGAGGGAGAUAAUGUCAGAAGUCGUACCAGAUUGUACACAGAGCACUC